AUGGCCGACCAAAAGCGAUUGCACAGCCCUGAAAACUCAGACGCCGAGCCCGACAGCGACUGCAUCACCCUCAGCAUCAACCAUCGCCAGGCGACAUGCGACAUGCAGUUCCCCCCCGACGCCACAGUCGUGCAGCUCUUUGAGGAGCUCGAGGAAACGCUCGGCAUACCCGUGGCCAACCAAAAGAUUCUCGUGCCAAAGGGCCCGCUGCUCAAGGCGCCCUUUAAGAAUCCAGACAUGGGCCUCGCCGAGCUCCAGGGCAAGACGCUCAAGCUCAUGGGCUCCGCCUCGUGCGAGGUGCAGGCGGUGCAGACCAUGUGCGAGCGCAUCAAGCAGCGCGCCGCCGCGCGCCUGGCCCAGCGCGGAAAGGCCCGCCCGCACCGAAAGCCCGCCACCGGCGCCGCGAGCGCCGACGACACAAAGUACACGUUUCUCCAGGUCAAGCCCCUGCAGGGCCUGCCCCGGCCGGAGCGCAGCCUGGCGCUGCUCAUGCGACUUAAGGAUGAUCCCGGCAUCAAGGCGACGAUGAAGAAGCGCAAGUACACGGUGGCGCUGCUGACGGAGAUGGAGCCCCUCGCCAACACGCAGUCGACGCACGAGGGCACGUCGCGCAUCCUCGGACUGAACCGCAACAAGGGCGAGGUCAUUGAGCUGCGGCUGCGGACCGACGCUCACGACGGCUACCGCGACUACAAGACCAUCCGCAAGACGCUGUGCCACGAGCUCGCCCACAACAUCCACAGCGACCACGACCGCAACUUCUGGGACCUGUGCCACACCAUCGAGCGCGAGGUGGACGCCGCGGACUGGAAGACGAGCGGGCACACGCUCGGUGAGACAUCGCGCUACGUCGUCUCCGGUCAACAAGAGUAUGGGGAUGAUGAUGAAGAAGAAGACGGCGGCGGCUGGACCGGCGGCGAGUUUGUCCUCGGUGGGCAUAGUGGUGGUGGUGACGGUACCGGCGGUGUCGCCACGGUAGGUGGCGGCGGCAUCACGGCGGGGCUGAGCCGACGCGAGGUCCUCGCCCAAGCGGCCCUGGAGAGACAGCGCAAGGAGACGCAGGAGGAGGCCAAGGCUGUCGAGGCGGCCGAGAAAGGGUGGAGGCCAUGUCAAAGGCAGCAGCCAAACGACGAGUCACCUAAAUGA